AUGAACACGGCCACAAACGGCUCGAACGCUGCCCCCAUGAAGAAAGUAGAGACGCUGGGCAAGCGCAAGAAGUCCAUUGACGCGGCCGACGUGAAGCAGAUUGACGCGAAGGACGAGUUUGACCCCAACAAGUUUUACGUCUCCCUGACGUCGCACGCGGAGCAGUUUGGCGUUGACCCGAUCUGCGUUCAGUGGGGGCACCACGACCCGGACGUGCGCGGUCCGAUCAUUGGCACGAACCGCCACCACAAGUACCGCAACGCCAUUGGCGCGCACGGCGGCUCGUACUGCAUCUACCGUGGACUGGCCGUAGCGUCGGGCGCCAUUACGAACAACUCGGUCCCGGACUUGCGGGAGACGACACCUGCCGCGAAGAUUGGGCCCCACCCGUCGUGGUUUGAUCCGGAGAAGAUGGUCACGAUUGACCCCUUUGGCGCUUGUGUGGUCGAAGCUUUUCCCGAGUACUUCCAGAAGGGAUACGACAUUCGUCCGACGAUCGCUGUGACGAAGGCCCACAUGGACUUUCCCGAGAUCCACGAGGCGGUGCGGCUUGGCCGACUCAAGCCGGAUGGCAAGAUAUUGAAGGACUUGUCGCAGCUCGUCAUCACGAAGGCUGCUAUUGAUCCAGUGUGGUACCUUCCUGGAGUGGCCAAGCGAUUCAACACGACGGAGGCCAAUUUGCGCCAGCAGAUCUUCCAGGAGACGAACGGCAUGUACCCAGAGCUGGUCACGAGAAAUGACUUGAAGGUGUUUCUGCCACCAAUUGGCGGGUUGACGAUCUACAUCUUUGGGUCGGUCGAGGCCAUCUCAGACCCGACAAAAAAGCUGGCGGUGCGUGUCCACGAUGAAUGCAAUGGCUCGGACGUGUUUGGCUCGGACAUUUGCACGUGCCGGCCAUACCUCGCCCACGGAAUUGAAGUGUGCGUGCAAACGGCACAGGAAGGAGGGACUGGCGUCAUUGUCUACUUCCGUAAAGAAGGUCGCGCUCUGGGUGAAGUGACCAAGUACCUGGUGUACAACUUACGCAAGCGUCAGAAGGGUGGCGACAGCGCCGAAGAGUACUUCAACUGCACUCAGACUGUCGCAGGUAUCCAAGACGUGCGUUUCCAGGCGUUGAUGCCUGAUGCUCUGCACUGGCUCGGCAUCACGAAGAUUGACAAGUUUGUGUCGAUGAGCGACAUGAAGUACGAUGCCAUUGUCAACUCGGGCAUUGAAAUCGUCGAGCGUAUACCCAUUCCAGAAGAGCUGAUUCCAAAAGAUGCUCAGGUGGAGAUCACGGCCAAGGUCUUUGCCGGCUACAAUGGAGGGGACGUGUACAAAGUCGACGCGGAGAAGCUAAAGCAAGUCAAAGGACGUGGUGACAAUGAGUACGAAGAGUGA